CUGAGCGGUAGUUGAUUAAAUUGAAGGCUUGUGCCACUUACUCUUCCCGACGUUUACACAGACUGUCGUUGUUCGAGGGGGUGGGGUCUCACUCUUUCCCCGCGUAGGGAGUUCUGCAGAGUGGUGUGUGUUGUGUACUUGUACUAGCAAAGCGGUGAUAUUUUCUUUUUCCUAAUAUAUUACUGUCCAUCAAUAACCCUAACCUGUAUCUACUGUCCGGUUGUAUUACUGACUGUGUGAUGGCGGGGACGAUCCGGAGACUUGACGAGAUUGUUGUAAAUCGAAUUGCUGCUGGAGAGGUUAUCCAGCGGCCUGCAAAUGCCAUCAAAGAGAUGAUAGAAAACUGUCUAGAUGCCAAAUCUACCAGUAUUCAUGUGACGGUUAAGGAUGGUGGACUGAAGCUAAUUCAGAUCCAGGACAAUGGCACUGGUAUCCGGAAAGAAGACAUGGAAAUAGUUUGCGAGAGAUUCACCACCAGCAAACUGCAGAAAUUUGAAGAUCUUGCAGCCAUAUCUACUUAUGGAUUUAGAGGGGAGGCACUUGCCAGCGUAAGCCACGUGGCCCAUGUUACUAUAACAACUAAAACAGCUGAUGGAAAAUGUGCAUACAGAGCCAGUUAUUGUGAUGGAAAACUAAAGGCACCUCCCAAACCAUGUGCUGGAAACCAGGGCACGCAGAUUUCUGUUGAAGAUCUUUUCUACAAUGUGUCGACGAGGAGGAAGGCACUGAAAAGCGCAAGUGAGGAAUACUCUAAAAUAGUAGAGGUAGUCAGCAGAUAUGCUAUACACAACUCUGGUAAAAGCUUUUCUGUGAAAAAGCAAGGGGAAACUGUUGCAGAUGUUAGAACACUAGCAAAUGCUUCAACCGUGGACAACAUCCGAGCAAUCUUUGGGAAUGAUGUUUGCAGGGAGUUAAUUGAAGUGGGUUGCGAAGAUCCGAAUCUGGCUUUUAACGUGAAAGGCUACGUCUCAAACGCAAACUACUCUGUGAAGAAGUGUAUCUUCUUGCUUUUCAUUAACCAUCGUUUGGUUGAAUCCAGUGCUCUGAAGAAGGCCAUAGAAGCCGUUUAUGCAGCUUAUCUCCCAAAAAACAUGCACCCCUUCUUGUAUCUUAGCCUGGAGAUUGCCCCUCACAACAUUGACGUGAAUGUACACCCCACUAAACACGAAGUGCAUUUCCUGCACGAGGACAGCAUCGUAGAGAGCGUGCAGAAGCAUAUUGAGAGCAAACUGCUGGGAUCCAACUCCUCCCGCACAUACUUCACUCAGACUUUGCUGCCUGGCCCUGCCAUCUCCUCUGGUGAUAUCCUAAAGCCAGCCUCCUCCAGCUCAGCUGCAAGUGCCAGUGACAGAGUGUACGCUCACCAGAUGGUGCGCAUGGAUUUUCGGGCUCAGAAGCUGGACGCAUUUUUACAGCCGGCAAAUAAGACUCAGGCAGAACCCUCAGAGCUGGCGGUGUCUGAGAGCGGCUCAUCCAGGCAGCCAGAGCAACGCGACGUGGACAUGCAAGAGCUGAACGACGAAGACUUGAUAGCUGGCAUAUCCGAGGAUCUGGAUAUUGAGGACUUCAUGGGCGAUGUGAAAGAAACAGGAGACUCAGAAAACUCCUCUUUACUGAACCCUCCUCCUCGGAAGCGGCACAGGGUGGGUUCAGAUGUGGAAAUGAAGGAUGAUGAGGGGGCCAGCGACACGACUGCUGCCUCUGUGCCGAAAAGGCGCAUUAUCAAGCUAACCAGCAUCAAGGAGCUGAGGCGUGAAAUCAGCGACCAGGCACAUAAAGGCCUCCAGGAGAUGCUGCAGAAUCACUCCUACGUGGGCUGUGUCAAUCCACAGUGGGCACUGAUACAGCACCAGACCAAACUCUACCUUCUCAACAUCACUAAGCUCAGCCAGGAGCUGUUUUACCAGAUCCUGAUAUAUGACUUUGGCAAUUUUGGAGUCCUUAGGUUAUCUACCCCUGCUCCCUUGUAUGAUCUGGCCAUGUUGGCACUGGAGAGCCCUGAAAGUGGCUGGACUGAGGAGGACGGUCCCCAAGAGGGGUUGGCACAGUAUAUUGUUGAGUUUCUCAAGAAAAAGUCUGAAAUGUUGUACGAUUAUUUUUCAAUGGAAAUUGAUGAGGAGGGGAACCUUGCUGGAUUACCAUUGCUGUUAGACAAUUACAUCCCUGCUUUGGAGGGACUGCCCAUGUUCAUCUUGCGGCUAGCCACAGAGAUUAACUGGGAUGAUGAAAAGGAGUGUUUUGAGUCUUUCAGCCGGGAAUGUAGCAGGUUUUACUCCAUCAGAAAACAGUACAUUCUGGAGAACCCAGGUGUACUUGAACAGCAGACUGAAGCGCUUGGGUCAAGUGGGGCAUCGUGGAAGUGGACUGUUGAGCAUGUUGUUUUUAAAGCCUUCCGAACACUUCUUGCCCCUCCUAAACACUUUACAGAAGAUGGGAGUAUUCUACAAAUUGCUAACUUGCCAGAUCUUUACAAAGUCUUUGAGAGGUGCUGAUUUGUUUUCUCUUGAGAAAGACGGUGGUAUUGAAUGCUGUUUUAGGGUCCUCUUCACAAAGCCUAAAAAGUCAGUUUUGAUGGAGUGUGCAUCUCAGUAAUACUUUUUCAUGAUAUUCAUGUAUAUGUCACCGUGCCUAACAUCCACCGUAUGUAUAUAUAAAAUAUAAAUUGUAUGUAUGUGCGAUAGGUCCCUCCGUGUAUCCCCCAGAUUCUCUAAAAGAUUAUUUUAUCAUAAUUGUAAAAGCAGUUAUCUAGUUAGAGUAAAAAUGAAAGUUUGACAUGUAUGUAGCCACUACAGACAGCCCAUUUAAGUCCCUUUUACGAUAAAUUGUGCCAGGGUUAAUCACAAUUGGAUAACUUGUUCUUUAGUAAAUAUGGGUGUCUUCAGGGAUAUGAAUCCCCAAUAGGGGAUAAAUACUUGUGAAUGAAAGCUUUGUGAAUAGUACCCAUAGUUCUUAUAUAAAAUUAAAGUGAUUUGAUUUUUUUUUUUUUAUACUCAAUGUAGUUUAAACAUGCAACUUGUGAUACCGUGUUCUUUUGUAUUAAACAUAUUGUGUACAUAGUUUAAAAAUUAAAAAUAAAAGUAUAUAUUUCAAGAGUG